AGACAUCUAGCCGGUUGGGGAGACAACAAGUUGUGUGUGUGGAGGCCUCUUUCGUCACUCUUUUUCGUCGACACUUGGUGCGGGGGUGAUAAACAAAGGGUUGUCCGGGUCGAUUGAAACAUGGAAAACAUUGAAAGUAUACUAGAUGCAUUAAACGAUUAUGACAAGCAAAAAACUCCUGAAAUCCCUAAACCAUUAGAAGAAUACAUCAAUCACCUGGCCAAGACAGGUGAGACACUGUUCCCCUGGCUCAAGAUCAGAGGUGUCCUCCGGCACAAGCUAGAGUUAGUCAUAGCCAAUUUUAAAGAAGUAUGCCCAACGGAAAACUUGCCCCCCUGCCCCAAUGUCGAACCUUUUCAUUUCGAGACCAUGAGGGAUAAGAUUCUUGAACAAUUUGACAGCUUCACCUGUGCCCCCUUCACAAUACAGAGAUUGUGUGAACUCUUGUGUGCCCCGAGAAAGCAUUACAAGAGGACAGACAAGUUCAUGCGGGGCAUAGAGAAGAACCUUUUAGUCGUCAGCACAGUAGACCCAGAGCAAAGGAAACGAUCCGAAUCCGUAUCUUCUUCUCAAACGUUAGUUAAUGGCGUUUUUGAUGUCAGCGUCGGCUCCAGCCGACCAGUUGCUACCUUCGGCAGUAAGAACGAUUCAAGACCGGUUACAGUUGCAUUAGACGCGGCAUCAGCUUCAGACGCCGACUCUGGCAUUUCAGACACAGAAGACGAGGACAAACCUUCCGCCAAGCAUCCAACAUCAAACAUCGUACCUGAUACUGACCAUCAAGAGCCGAGUGAAGCUAAGGAAACUACAAAUGGUGCCGCAGAUGCUAACGAGGAAAUCGAACCGUCGUCAAAAACAGAAACGUUGUCUUCUGGUCCUGCCGAAACGCCAGUUGCAACCGUUACGAUGACAAGGGAAGAGUCUCCCACCGUCCAGAUGUCUGAAGAUGUCAUAGUGCCAGUUGUAGCACCGAUUGAAUCGGACAAAGUGGAAAAAGCUUUAGCAGCGUCCACCGAAGAAGAGUGUGCCAAGAGCGUUGACGUUGAGAGUGUGGCUUCAGAAGAGAAACCAGUAGAGAUGGAAGAAGAGAAACUAGUUGCUGACGUCGAACCAGGUGCAAAAGAAGAGGACGAGAGAAUAGCAGACGAACCAUUAGAAGAACCUCAAGAGAGUGGCAAGACGAUAGAUGCAGAGGUGAAACAUCCAUUACCGCCUAGUGAAUCAACAGAAACUCCCGUCAGUGAUAAAAAACGGCCACUGGAGAAAGCAGAAGACGGGGACGAUGAUGACGACAGAGAACACAGUCCCGACGCUAAACAGCCCAGAAUCUUCAGUCCAGAUAAGGUGAUAGAAGAAACUCCCUUACCAGAACAGAAGAACGAGCCCGACAAUCACGUUGACGAAGAACAAGUUGCCGUGACAAAGUCAGAGGAAACAGCUGAAAAAGCACCAGAAACGGAUCCUACACUUCCCAAAAUGGAAAGCCAAUAAUUAUCAACAACAAAUUUAAAAUGGAACUUACCUUCACGUGCUCACAUUCUCGGAUUUUUUUUUUCCCUCUUCUUUCACCAACUACUUGCUGCUCGGUCUCUCGUUAUUUUGUGCCACGAGUGGAACAGACCAACGUGCCCUCCUAUUCCGUCACCACCAAUCCUGUUUUCUUCCGAAUUCUUUUUUUUUUUUUUUUUUUAAAGGGGAUUUUGAUGUCGUACUUGAUCCACGUUUGACUCGAUCGCAUCCGGCUAGGUUCUUAAGGCCACCAACUGCUCCUUGUUCUGUCUCUUAUCAUCUGUCCUUCUCUUUCUUUUUUU